AUGGCGACAACAUUGACGGGUGGAAACCCUCACAUCAUUCAACUCCCCUCGACGUCCGGGCUCCCUCCUCCAGAGGCUCGGAUUAUUGCUCGGCAAUGGCUCACAGCACUCGAGAUCCAACUCGCGCGUCCCGACACAUUGAGUCUUGCCAGUCUGUUCCACGCUGACUCCUGGUGGCGUGAUAUGCUCGCGUUAGAUUGGGACAUGCGCACCGCGCACUUAUCCACGGAGAUAGAAGAGUUGCUACGCAAGCGUCAAAGCCAAGCGCAACUCUACAAUCUCCGACUACAAGAAAGGGGAAGUUCCAACCACGCUGGGAACAAGUUGUCGACGGGCUAA